GUGUUUUUAAAGAAAAAUCUGAAACAGAAGCAAAUUUGUAUAAAAUUGUUCUAAAAAAACCAAAUAAAUUGUACACAAAUACGCAUAAAAAUAAUAUAAAUCAUGAGUUCGGGUUUUGUAACAGAAUCGGAAAUUAAUGAAGCACGUCAGCGAAGGCAAGAGGAAAGGGAAAAGGUCAGACAGCCUGAUGAACCUUUAGAACGUCCCGAAGAACCAUAUGAUGGUCGCUCUCUGUUUGACCGUUUGAAGGAACAAAAAAUGAAAAAGGAUAUGGAGUAUGAAGAGGCACACAAAUUGAAAAAUUUAAUUAGAGGUUUGGAUGAUGAUGAGGUCCAAUUUUUAGAGUUAGUGGACAAAAAUAAAAUGGACAUGGAAAAGAAACAGAUGUUGGAGGAAGAACAAGAGCUAAAAGAUUUUCGCUCAAGGGUUGCUACACUUCAAGAAGAAUCUGUUGAUAAGAAAAUACAAAACGACCUCAAAACCAAAAUAAAACCGCAAACGUCUAACACCACCGCACGUCUAUCACAAAAAUCUCUGCUGGGCAUUGGCAUUAAACGUAAAAAUGGCGAAGUCAAGUCUCCAGUGGCCGAAAUCAACAAACAUGUCAAAUUAGACACCAACGAGGAGAAAACUUUGCCAGUGGCCGCAGCUAAUCAGGUAAAAGAUAUUAAAGAUUUACCUUGCAUUCAAACGGAUAAAUUAGACAAAGGUAAUUUAAAGUGUGUGGCCAUAUUGCCGGGUUUGGGACAGUACAACGAAUCCAGCGAUUCAGAAAUUAGCAGUGGCAGUGACGACGAGCCACAGGGAUGCGAAGAUAAUGGGAAAUAUGAUCUGGUGGGACGUAAACAUCAUAAAAAGAAACACGAUCAUCAGGACUGAAGUGUUUUUUAAGAUUUAAUUGUUUAUUUAAUGAUUAAAAUUUAUAAAGAAAAAUAAAGUAAAAGCUUAUUGUACGAAUAUAUUGAAAUAUGUACACAUUA